GCCGAUUCCACAGUGGGCUACGGUAGACAAUACACAGGGUGCACGCAGAGCACUGCAAUAGUGGGAAUGGACAGCAGGGCACUAGUAGAAAGGGCACUGGGCACGGGUAGCAUUCCCACGCUUCCGUGCAGUGUGGGCAAGAUGUUAUGUUUCCCGAAUAUGUGUCACGUGCAUCUAGUCGCGUGACCCAUCUCCAGAUGAAAAAAUUGACAUCCAGAUUCUCCAACCCCAAGCAUGUCGUUUACUUUAACUAUUGCCGCCAAGGCCCAAUUCGUGGCUUAUCCAACCCUCAUUGCGGUUGGGUUCGUCAACGCCAGUGAUGCUGACGUCUCCAUUCCAAUUGAAUUCGUGGACGAAAAGUCCACUGAUUCGUCUGACGCCAACGCCUCCAUCAAAUUGGUUACCCCAGAAGGCCAAACCUUCUUGAACCAAUUAGAUGCCCUCAACUACUUGAGUGAAAAGUUCCCUACCAUCUUGGCCGAAAAGGUCAAGGCCCAAGAAUGGACCAAGUUCGGUUUGGACAAGUUGUACAUCAAGAACUUCAAGGAAUUGGCUACCGACUUGGAGAAGUUGGACGCUCACUUGAACUUCAGAACAUUUGUCAUUGGCUACAACUACUCGUUGGCCGAUGUUGCCAUCUGGGGUGUUUUAAGAGCCAACGCUUUGAUGGGUUCUGUGAUCAAGAACGGUGUCUACGCCAAUGUUUCCAGAUGGUACAACUUAUUGGCUGAAGACAAGAGAUUCGAAGCCGCUAUUGAACAAAUGUCCAAGAACGUCAACGACUUAAGAAAGUCUGUCAAGAGCUCCAAGAACGGAGGCAAGAAGGAAGCCCACAAGGCCAGCUUCGAAAUCGACUUGCCAGGUGCUGAAAUAGGUAAGGUUGUCACUCGUUUCCCACCUGAGCCAUCUGGUUACUUGCACAUUGGACAUGCUAAGGCUGCCAUCUUGAACGAAUACUUCGCUCACGCCUACAAGGGUAAGUUGAUCAUCAGAUUUGACGAUACCAACCCUACCAAGGAAAAGGUCGAGUUCCAAGACUCUAUCAUCGAGGAUUUGGCCUUGUUGGGUGUCAAGGGUGACAAGGUUACCUACUCCUCCGACUAUUUCAACGAAAUGUACGACUUGGCCAUCAAGUUGAUCAAGGACGGCAAGGCUUACUGUGACGACACUCCUUUGGAAAAGAUGAGAGAAGAAAGAAUGGUGGGUGACAAGUCUGCCAGAAGAGACAGAACUGUGGAGGAGAACUUGAAGGUUUUCACCGAAGACAUGAAGAACGGUACCGAGGAGGGAUUGAAGAACUGUUUGAGAGCCAAGAUCGAUUACACUGCUUUGAACAAGGCCUUGAGAGACCCUGUCAUCUACAGAUGUAACUUGACUCCUCACCACAGAACCGGUUCUGAAUGGAAGAUGUACCCAACCUACGACUUCUGUGUUCCAAUUGUCGACUCUAUUGAAGGCGUCACCCACUCGUUGAGAACCAACGAAUACAGAGACCGUAACCCUCAAUACGAAUGGUUCUUGAAGGAAUUGAACUUGCGUCACGUCAACAUCUGGGAUUUCGGCAGAAUCAACUUCGUCAGAACCUUGUUGUCCAAGAGAAAGCUUCAAUGGUUUGUCGACAAAAACUACGUCGGAAACUGGGACGAUCCAAGAUUCCCAACUAUCAGAGGUGUCAGAAGAAGAGGUAUGACCAUUGAAGGUUUGAGAAACUUUAUCAUGGCUCAAGGUCCAUCCAAGAACAUCAUCAACUUGGACUGGUCUGUCAUCUGGGCUUUGAACAAGAAGGUCAUCGACCCUGUUGCCCCAAGAUUCGUUGCUGUUGAUGCCAACAACGCUGUUCCUGUCAAGUUAUUGAACGGUCCAAAGGAACCAACCACCGAGCAAAAGCCUAAGCACAAGAAGAAUGCUGAUGUCGGUACCAAGCCAGUCAUUUUUGCUGACCAAGUCUUGAUUGACCAGGCUGAUGCUGAAGGCUUGACCGAAAACGAAGAAAUCACUUUCAUGGACUGGGGUAACGUUAUCAUCACCAAGGUUGUCAAGGAGGGCGAAAUUGUCAAGUCGAUUGAAGCCAACUUGCACUUGGAAGGUGACUUCAGAAAGACCACCAAGAAGAUCACCUGGGUUGCCGACACUAAGGACAAGGUUACCGUUGAAUUGGUUGAUUUCGACCACUUGAUCACCAAGGACAAGUUGGAAGAAGGAGACAACUUCGAAGACUUUAUCACCCCACAAACUGAGUUCCACACCCAGGCCAUUGCUGACUUGAACGUCCGUGACUUGAAGGCCGGUGAAGUUAUCCAAUUCGAAAGAAAGGGUUACUACGUCGUUGACCAACCAUUCCAAGAAGGUAAGGGUGCCGUUUUGUUCACCAUUCCUGAUGGUAAGGCUGUUGCCAAGUACGGUGCUAAGAAGUGAGGAUAGUGAUUGCUUGCAAGUUUAAACUAGGUAGUAAUUGAACAAAACUUCAAACAGAUGUAGAAAUAGUCCCGUGGCCGGAUCAGACGUGUUUAACAAUUUGCACGAAACUCUUCACAUCCUUUUCUCUCUACUAAUAGGUACU